AUGUUCGAGGUCUUGUUUGCCAACUGGGCACCAUCCUGCCGUUCAUUGGUGGACAACGUGAGCGAGUGGUUCUCCUUGAUCUUCGUGGCUUACAGGUGCAUUGUAGGCUUCGCGCUGCUGAACGUGGUGAAUUCUGUCUUUGUGUCGCAGACCUUAAAGAUCGCCGACUCGGAUGAGGAAUAUCUCAUCAAGGCUCAGUACCGCAAGAAGUUGGAGAACCUCUUCCAGGCCGCCGAUGUGACCAACGACGGCUUUCUCACCAUGGAUGAGUUCAUGCGAUUGCUGGAGGAUGAGAAAAUGCACUUGUGGCUCUCACAGUUGCAACUUGAAUACCAUGCCCCCCGGACUGCAUGCGGCAUGCAAUCAAAGGGGGGCGGAAAUGGAGAAGCAAUCGGGUCUUUCAAAACUCGCAAGAACUUGGCCCCACUUGAGCCCACCCGGUUCGAAUCGGGGCCGGAGGGGCCAUCUCCUUGGAGUGGAGGAAAAUCUUUCGUGGGGAAAAUAGGAUCUGAGACUAUGUGUUCCUAG